UCGUCGACGAGUAUACGUCCAAAAAGGAAGUCACGAAACUUCUUGCAGCGGAAGCUGAGCGAGAAACGAGAAUGGAUGGCCUGAAGGUGGAGGAGGAGCACUGCAUGUUCGAGACGAGCCACGUCCUGGGGGCCCUCCUGGCGUCCUCCCCACUGCUCACACAAGCCUGGGGCCGCUGCGUGCACGCCAAUGCCGGAAGCUCCAGCUUCGUCCUCCAACGCUGCGACGACGCCGUCUACGUCGCCUUCUCCUCCACGCCGUCGUCCACGCCCACUGCACUCGGCGGCGGAUUCUUCGACCUUGUUCCUAUCUCCAGCGGCGGCCACGAGCUCUUCGCGCCACUGGAGGGAGCCGCGCAUCCGGUGCUCGUCCAGGCCGGCGCUCUCCGUCUCUUUCUGAGCUCCUACCGCAGCCCCGAUUUCCAGAUGCUGAUAACAGAGACCAGAAACAAGUCGGUCAUAUUCACAGGCCACUCCGUGGGAGGUUCCAUCGCCUCCCUUGCGGCCCUUUACUUCCUCUGCUCGUCUUCUCGACCCGACGCUCCAUCACCGGCUUCCCUCGUGUGCAUCACCUUCGGAAGCCCGCUGCUCGGAGACGAGACGCUCUCUCGAGCGAUUCUGAGGGAAAGGUGGGGCGGAAGGUUCUGCCAUGUCGUGUCGCAGCACGACAUCAUGCCCAGGCUGCUCUUCUGCCCUGUGAACGCCCUGCCUCCGCAGCUGGCAAUGUCGAUCUGCACCUUGAUGCAGUCAUGGCAUCUCUCGAUGCGUUAUCCGCAGUUUCCGAGACCUGCGCUGCAGCUCACCGACGACCAGAAAGCAGAACUGCAGGGAUACAUCUCGAUGCACAUCGGUGCAGCAGCAUCGGAGCAAACGCAGCACAUCAGCCCUUAUCGGCCCUACGGAAACUACGCUUUAUGCUCUGCGGAAGGCGCGGUGUGCAUCGACGAUCCGCUCGUUGCAGCGAAGAUGCUUCAUCUGACAUUUACGACAGGUUCUGCGAGCAUCAGCUUCGAGGAGCAGCACAUCUCCUACGGGAAUCUCGUGGUAGAGCUAUCACAAAACCUACAAUUUAGGAGGAGACUCCACCUCGAAGACGACGCUCCAAAGUCCAACCGCAGCGCCGGGGUCUCACUGGCUCUGGAGACAUCAGGGAUCGGAAUCCAGGACAUGGGCGCCAUGGAGGCUCGGGAAUGGCUCGAGAUGAGCAUGUGCCGACGGCCGAAGCUGCAAUGUGCCAGUCUCGCUAUCAAGCUCGCCAAGGUGACGCCUUGUCGCGCCCAGAUCGAAUGGUACAAGGCCCUGUGCGACGACGACACGGGCUACUACGACAGCUUCAAGCUCCGGAGGGCUUCCAAGAAAGACGCAAGGGUGAACAUGAACCGCAUCAGGCUCGGCCAGUUCUGGGACGAGCUGCUCGACAUGAUCCAGAACAACAACCUACCCCCCGACUUCCACAAGCGAAGCAAGUGGGUGAAUGCAGCUCAGUUCUACAAGCUCCUGGUGGAGCCGCUCGACAUCGCGGAGUACUACAGAUGCCAGUGGCCCAGGACCAGGCGCCAUUACCUGACUCAUGGCAGGGAGAGGAGGUACGAAGUGUUCGACAGAUGGUGGAACGAUCGCAACAAGGAGGCCCCCGAGAAGGCGGCGGCUCAUCGGAAGAGGAGUAAGUUUGCUGGGCUGACGCAGGACUCGUGCUUCUGGGCCAAGGUGGAGGAGGCGAGGGACAGCGUGAAGAAUGCUUGGGCCGAGAAGAACCCCACGAAGCUGGUGAAGCUUUGGGAGAACCUGCACGGUUUCGAGAGCUACGCCAACGGACUGAUCCGGAGGAAGGAGGUGUCGGUGGAUGUGUUGGCUCCGCGAUCGAGUUACAGCUUGUGGGUGGAAGAGCUGAAGGAUCUGAAGUCGAAGCAGGCGUGCCGUCUUCCUUCGUCCUCUGUAUUGGUCGGAGUAACAGGAGGAACGUAGAAGGACAAGAGAAUCCACCCAUCUCAUCGACGUUGUAACAGAGAUCGGUCUGUGACAUUUUGUUGGAAAAAACUAUCGUAGCCGAAUAAUUUUUUUCUUUA